GAGGGGGUGGAGAGAGCGCGAGGGACUGCAAUAUCAUUUGUGAAUCGCUCUCAGAGUGCCGCAGAUACGAGCUGCAAACACAUGCACUGCUAAUGCAGGUGAGGAGCGAGCGGGCGAGCAGACUGAGACUGCGGGACACGAGGAGACACAUUUCGCUGGAUUUUGCCUGAAACAUUUCCAAACACUUUGUGGGAAUUACAGCUUUUUUCUCGCCCUCUUAUUCCAUUCUCUUUUCAGAUGUACCGCGCUGCGGGUUUUUUCUCCUGUGUAACUGACAAAACUACUAAACACAAUGUGUUAAGUCAAAGGAGGUAAAGCAAUCUGGGCACUUGGAUGAUUUCAAAGACGACAGGACAGCUCAUUUGCUGCUUAUCCGCGGUUAGAAGGUAAGAAGACGGACAGCUGUGUAAAGUACUGUAUCAUCAUUAGUUCGGAAUCAGUGCUGGCUUGUAUUGAUAUUAUUCCGCAUUGGGGAAAUAUCUUCAAAUGAGGGUCUCUGGUACCCGGAGCUAGGAUUUUAAACUCCGCUUUUUAUGCUGUUGCAUUGUAAAUUGUUUUAACGCUACAAUAAAAACGGACUUGGACUGUCUUCGGCAAAGUGAAAUGACGGCACAGUUUAUUAUCAUUAUCUUUUAAUUGUGUAAAUAAAUCGUCGAGUUCUCAUGAAGAAAUUUUUGACUCACGGCAAGAGGAAACGGGUCAUUUCAGUAUUACUGUGGGCAGAUUGCGGAUUUUUGGCGAAAGAGAGGGAAAAGUGAUUCCAGCUGCGGUGUGAAGGGGAGAUAAUCGUGGUUUAUGUCCGGGCUGAAAUUUACUGCAGCUAAAACGGCGUGAGAAGGCGUCCGGAGAAUGAAGUCGCAUGCAUUCGGAAACGGAGGACUUCACUAGAACGCAAAGCGAAAAUAAAUUGGCUAACGUUUGCAGUUAUUAGUCUAUACAAAUCAGCGACAUCCCAGCACGAUUUUAAAGACUGAAAGCAACGAAUUGAGCUGCAGAAAACCAUGAGGACUACUGGUGCAGUGGACUAUUUAUGCUACUGUUUACUCGUCCUGCAGUUGCUGACUCAGCCUGCUGCUAAGCAAGUCCUGCGAUACCGCCUGGCUGAAGAGGGUCCGGCCGAUGUGAAGAUAGGGAACGUAGCCACAGACCUCGGAAUUGCAACCGGGUCUGGCGAGGUGACUUUCACACUGGAGUCGGGAUCCGAUUAUUUUAAAAUUGACAAUAUUACCGGGGAGCUUAGCACUAAUGAGCGGCGGAUAGACCGGGAGAAAUUACAGCAGUGCCAGAUGAUAUUUGACGAGAACGAGUGUUUCAUAGAUUUUGAGGUGUCCGUGAUUGGACCGGCGCAGAGCUGGGUAGAUCUUUUUGAAGGGAAAGUGAUCAUAUUAGAUAUUAACGACAACACCCCCUCCUUCCCCUCCCCGGUACUGACUUUAUCAGUGGAGGAGAACAGACCCAUAGGAACGCUUUAUUUGUUGCCCACGGCCACCGACAGAGAUUUUGGCAGGAAUGGCAUAGAGAGAUAUGAGCUGUUACAGGACAGCGGGGAGAGCUCUGGCAGGAGAGCAGGGUCGAGCUCUGGGGGACGCACCGAUGGCGGUGAUGGCUAUUCGGGAAAGAGGAGAUUUGAUGCUGACGGGGCGAGUAGGAGUAGUGUCUUUGAGCUCCAGGUGGCCGACACCACCGACGGAGAGAAGCAGCCUCAGCUGAUCAUUAAGGGGGCCCUGGACAGGGAGCAGCGGGAUUCGUACGAACUGACGCUGCGCGUGCGGGACGGCGGCGACCCUCCGCGGUCCUCCCAGGCUAUCCUGAGGGUGAUGAUCACCGACGUCAACGACAACAGCCCCCGCUUCGAGAAGAGCAUCUAUGAGGCUGACUUGGCGGAGAACAGCUCGCCGGGCGCCCCCAUCCUGCAGCUGAAGGCCGGCGACUCUGACGUGGGCGUGAACGGGCAGAUCGAGUAUGUGUUCGGGGCGGCCACCGAGUCGGUCCGGCGGCUGCUGCGGCUGGACGAGAGCUCGGGCUGGCUGAGCGUCCUGCACCGCAUCGACCGCGAGGAGGUCAGCCAGCUCCGCUUCACCGUCAUGGCCCGGGACCGCGGCCAGCCGCCCAAAAUGGACAAAGCCAUCGUGGUGCUCAACAUCAAGGACGAGAACGACAACGUGCCCAUCAUAGACAUCAGGAAGAUCGGCAGGAUAUUCCUGAAGGACGGCGUGGCCAACGUGGCGGAGGACGUGGUGGUUGACACGCCCAUCGCCCUGGUGCAGGUGUCGGACCGGGACCAAGGGGAGAAUGGUGUGGUGACGUGCACAGUGGUGGGGGAUGUCCCCUUUCAGCUGAAGCCGGCCAGCGAGAUCGAGGGCGAGCAGAACAAGAAGAAGUACUUCCUCCACACGUCGGCCCCGCUGGACUAUGAGGCCGUGCAGGAGUACAACGUCGUCAUUGUCGCCGUGGACUCUGGGAGUCCUAGCUUGUCCAGCAACAACUCGCUGAUCGUGAAGGUGGGGGACACUAACGACAAUCCCCCCAUAUUCAGUGAGAACAUCGUGGAGGUGUCGUUCCCCGAGAACAACGCCCCCGGCGAAAAGGUGGCCACCGUGGUGGCUUUGGACGCAGACAGCGGCAAGAACGCCGAGAUUGCCUACUCACUGGACCCCACCGUCAAUGGGAUAUUCUCCAUUGACGCGGAUAGCGGGGACGUCAGGGUGAACAUCAUUUUGGACAGGGAGCAGACGGAGAGGUACGAGUUCAAAGUUAUGGCCAAAGACAAGGGCAUCCCGGUCCUCCAGGGCUCGGCCACUGUUGUGGUUCUGGUGUCGGACCGAAACGACAAUGAGCCCAGGUUCAUGCAGGAAGUGUUCACAUUUUACGUGAAGGAGAACCUACAGCCUAACAGCCCUGUUGGCAUGGUGACGGUGAUAGACGCCGACAAGGGGCACAAUGCGGAGAUGAGCCUUUACAUUGAAGAGGAGGAGGACAUAUUCUCCAUCGAAAAUGACACAGGUACUAUAUUCUCCACUAUGUCCUUCGAUAGAGAGCAGAAAACCACUUACACGUUCCGAGUGAAGGCGGUGGACGGUGGGGAGCCACCUAGGUCUGCCACGGCCACGGUGUCCCUGUUCGUCAUGGACGAAAACGACAACCCUCCCUCUGUCACGUUCCCAAGCAACAACUCGUACACCCUGCUACCGCCAUCCAGCAACGUGAGGACGGUGGUGAGGACGGUCCUGGCUACGGACACGGACACGGGCAUCAACGCCGACCUCAACUUCAGCAUCGUGGGCGGGAACCCCUUCAAGCUGUUUGAGAUCGACACGGCUAAUGGCGUGGUGUCGCUGGUGGGGAAGGUGGAGCAGAAGCACUACGGCCUCCACCGGCUGGUGGUCCAGGUAAACGACAGCGGAACGCCCUCGCAGUGCACCACCACCCUUGUUCACGUCUACAUCAACGAGACCCUGUCCAACUCCACCAUCGUGGAGGCCCAGAUCAGCAGGAGCCUGGUGACGCCGCUGUCGGUGGACGUCGCCGGCGACCCCAACUACGACUUGGGAAAGCAGCGGCUGAGCAUCGUGAUCGGUGUUGUGUCGGGCAUCAUGACCGUCAUCUUGAUCAUACUUGUGGUGGUCAUGGCGCGGUACUGCAGGCCCAAGAACAAGAACGGCUACGAGGCGGGCAAGAAGGACCACGAGGACUUCUUCACCCCGCAGCAGGACAAGGGCAAGAAGCCCAAGAAGGACAAAAAGAACAAGAAGUCCAAGCAGCCGCUCUACAGCAGCAUCGUCACCGUGGAGGCGUCCAAGCCCAACGGCCAGCGCUACGACGGCGUCAACGAGAAGCUCUCCGACAGCCCCAGCAUGGGCCGCUACCGGUCGGUCAACGGCGGGCCGGGCAGCCCGGACCUGGCCAGGCAUUACAAGUCGAGCUCGCCGCUCCCCACCGUCCAGCUCCACCCGCAGUCGCCGACGGCGGGGAAAAAGCACCAGGCCGUGCAGGACCUCCCACCGGCUAACACCUUCGUGGGGACGGGAGAUAACAUAUCCAUCGGAUCGGACCACUGCUCCGAGUACAGCUGUCAGACCACCAACAAAUACAACAAACAGCCGUUCCGCCGAGUGACCUUCUCUGUGGUGAGCCAGCCCCAGGACCCCCACCAGGGAUCGCUGCAGAGCUGCUAUGACAGCGGCCUGGAGGAGUCCGAGACGCCCAGCAGCAAGAGCUCGUCCGGACCCAGGCUGGGAGCCCUGCCCCUGCCGGAGGAUAACUACGAGAGGACUACGCCGGAUGGAAGUGUCGGUGAGGGAGAGCACAUGGAAAAUGACUCCAGGCCGCUGCCCGACGUAGCCAUGACAGGCAAGUGCACUCGGGAGUGUGACGAGUACGGCCACUCGGACUCAUGUUGGAUGCCUGUACGAACGUCGCCGGAACGCCGGCCGAAGAACAACCAACCAAAGCUAUCGACCUUCAUGCCCAGCAGCACCGCCGAGCACGGCAGCCAGGAGACCCUCGCCAACGGCGACCCGGCCCACAUGGUGGGCGACCGCAACCGGAACCUGCUGAACAAGAAGAUGUCCUCCACCUCGUACGACACCUUCAGCGCCGCCAGCUUCGGGAAGAGCGAGGACGCGAGGGCCGAGGACAUCCCCCUGGCGCAGACCGGCGAGUACAAGCCGUCCCCCUGCGGAACGCUCACCCGCCGCGAGGUCUACCUGUGAGGCCGCGCCUGCCUGCCGCCGCUGUGGACUCGUCCGGGAUUUCAAAAAAAACAAACAAACAAACAAACAAACAAACAAAAAAAAAACGCAACGGCAACGAAUCAGUGAAAUUGAAAUUUAAACACCCACCACACCCAAAAAAAACAAACAAACGCGCGUGACAGAUAACGAACGGAUAACGAAUGGCGGUUAUUUGAGCAAAAACGAAACAAACCAACCGACAAACGACGACCGUAACAGGAAAUGAAAAAUUCCAACUCACAACUUGAGAGAGGAUGAGGGUAACGAUGAAGAGGAGGAGGAACAAAAAAAUUAAAAAAAUUAAAAAAAAAACAAAAAAAAAAAACACAAAGCUUGACACCGGGUGCUGGUACUGGCAAGGCGGGUCGGGUCGGGCUCCGAGACCUCUUUUUGCUGCCUGAUAAUUUCAUUGUACGAUGUAGAAUUCAUUUUCAUAACUUGCAUGCAUAAUCUGCCCUUAAAGACAGUGCUGUGUAAAUGUGCGGUUUUUUGCAGAACCGUUUUUAAUGGACUUUGAGCGAGGCGAAGAGACGACUCGGCGGUCUCGUGUCUGACUCGAUGGGGUCCGGCGGUUUCUGUGGACAUGUCCUUGGCCAGCCUCCACGCAGACGCCACGGAACGUUGAGUUCCGUCUUGUCCAAAUCGCCCACGAUGCGGACAAAGAUGCAAUGACAAAAAAGAGACUGAAUAAACAAAAAAAACAUUAGAAUGGAAGAGGAAGCAUGACCAUCUUCACGAUCGUAGAAUUGAUAUCCAGUCUAAAGACUGAAAGACUGAGCUUUAAUAUGGUGUUCUGUGGUCUAGACUGUGGCCGCAAUCUCUCACUCCUUAUUAGCAAUGAAGCAUUGCGUACGAUUACCACAGUUUCUGUGGAAUCCAUGAGUCCCUUCUGUAAUGUUAAAAUGACAAUAACCUUUGGCGCAAGUGACAGAUUGUAAACUUACCCUGGAAAAGAAGUAAGUUUACAUGUAUGCUCUCUCUAUCUCUAUCUCUCCCUCUCUUUCUGUCUCUCUCUCCCUCACAUACACACACGCACACACACACACACACACAUGCUUGUAUAUAUAUAUAUAUAUAUAUAUAUAUAUACUUAAAUGCCCUCACAUGCUUUAAAUCCACUACUUUCUCACUUUCUCUCUCUAUAAGUAUAGAUAUUUGUAUAUCUUCGGAUUACAUCAGAGUUGAGGAUAACCCAAGAAAAUGCAAGUUUUUGAGCCAUUAUCAAUCACUGUUUGACGGUCUUUGCUUAAAUGACGUAAAUAUGUGAAAACAUGGUUGUACAUAUCACCUUCAGAGGAAAAAAAAAAAAAAACAACCUACAGGACCUUUCGUAAUAUUUUUUUUUUUCUUUUUUUUUCUCUGGAGUUUAACAACAAAGACAACAAAAAUGAAUAUGGAUGACUAUUUGUGUCGAAGCAAAGAGACGAAAAUGAGCUAGCGUGCAGCUUCUUUGGGUGUGUGAGAAAUUUCCGGAAAGUGCUGAAUGCUAACUGAGCGUGCUCACGGCACACAGUGGAGUCUCACCCUGGUUGCACAGCGGUGUUUUGCAGUGAGAACGAGCAUCGGAGUGCAGCUUAAAAGCCCUCUGGUCUGAGGUGCAUGCCUGAAAAGAAUAACCACAUGCAGUGGGUUCUGAGCGACAGCCUGGCUCAGACCUGCUCCAUUGUAUGUGCGUGUGUGUACGUGUGUGCGUGCGCGUGUGUCCACAUAUAUGUGCAUGAGCGUAUGUGCGUGUCUGUAAGAAAUGGAGCAAUAAACACACACACAUACACACACACACACACACACGCAGACAAACAGACGUACACAUGCGUGCGCAUAGAUGUCACAUGCACCCUUCUGUUGCAUUUGCUGCGUUUGCUCCAGUUACAAAAGACCAUCGACGCCAUCCAGCUCAAUGGAGUAAAAUAAUCAGAGCCUCUGUUGAAAGAUGCUUGAAACAAGCUCGGAUGGAUGACUAAAAUAUGCAUUUUGCAUAAAAUCCAACAAAUGGGUGUCAUAGAUAAACCAAAGUAUUGGAAAUAACAACCUGGCAUGAAGGUAUGAAUAAAUAAAUAAUAAAAAAAAUGUGUUUCUCUGGUAAGUUUUAGACAAAUACAAAAGAAAAUAAAAAUUUAAAAAAUAGCUUUUGGUAGUAUGUUGCUUUAAAAAAAAAACAUGCGUAUGUGUAAAUGUAUAGUCAAAAAGUAUAGGUUUGACCGAUCGAGUGAGAAUGUGACGCGCCGAGAAAAAAAAAUAAAAAUAACUAAAACGUCCGUCCCAUGUUAAACCAACGCAGAGAAUCCCGAGGUUUUGUGCCCUGUUAUCUACUGGCGAACAGGGGUUGUAGUGGGAAUAUGUCCUCCUGAGGAAACCUUGUGUUGAGGUAAUGAGGCACAAGAUCUGGGAGAGACCAAGCGGAAGAAUCUCAGAUGCAAUUGGACAUUUUUGUACGUUAGAUAAUCCUCUGUUUAAACGACUGCUUUUUUACCGCAGUCUAUCCUUCUGUAGUCUGUAAGUACUACUUGUUGUUAAGAGAAGUGCUUCUAUGCUUAUAAAACUGUAUACAUAAAUAUGUACUUUUUAUUGCACGUUUAAAGGGAAUUUACUUCACUUAAGCGAAGGAAAAAUAAAAACAAAAUGUAAAAAAAAAAUAAUAAUAAUCUCCUCCUGUGACCAUGGACGUCCAUCUUGUUGCUUGCUUUUGUUAUAUCUAAAGAAACAUUAGCCAUGUAGUGUAACUUAGUAUAUCGGUUGGAAAGAGGAUGAAGUAUACUUGGGAUUCAUCAACACUAUUACGUUGACGUCGUUUUAAUCAUUUUGCUUGUUUGUUUUUGCUUUUUACGACCAGAUUUGAUUUGUAACCCCCUCCCCUCUCAUUGAAAAUGAGUUUACUCUUAGUGAUAGUGAGUCUGUGAUGAGAGCUACGAUACCUAUACAAGUCUAACUUUCUUAAUACGUUGAACCAAGUUGCUACUUUUUACUGGCAUGACAUUUAAUUCCAUUAGUAAUGAGGAUAAUGGCGGUCAUAGCAAUGGCCGCCAUUAGAAUUAUUGUAUUUUUUUUUUUUACUUUUCCUUUUUUCUGUUGCCACUUUGUAUAUUUAGAGUGCUUCUGUAAAACUAUAGAGUGAAUGCAAAAUAUGCAACUGUGCCUUUUAUACCGAAGGGUAUGAUUCAAUGUGGACUGAGAGUGGUGUGAAAUUAUUAAUUAUACUGGC